UUUGCUCAGCUUCUUUCAAAGUCUCUACACCCACAGCUGCAAAGCUGUAUUUUAAGUUGUGAAUGGGGAAAUUUUGUGCUGGUUUUAUGGGCUGAGGAGAAGGGACACAGACUUGCUGAGGGCUGAGCAGGGCUGCAUUUGGAGCUGUGGCUGUGGAGCAGCUUCCAGGCUGUGCCACUGGCAUGUUCCUCUGCUGACCUGACAGAAGAACUCUGACUGGAACUGAGCUCUGGAAAAACAAAGUGGAGCUUGGAGCAUGUGGCCUGAGGAUUGCCUUACACAGCCAGGGGUGAGUGCUAAGCAGUGAGCAGGAUGCCCCCAGGCAUUUACUGCCCUACGGAAUUCUGGUCCAAGGGGGAACACCAAAACAUCCAGGUGGACUUUUUGCUGCCCACAGGCAUAUACUUAAACCUCUCUGUGCCCUGCAAUGCCAGCCUGGGCACCAUCAAGCAGGUGCUCUGGAAGCACGCACAGUAUGAGCCGCUGUUCCACAUGCUCAGUGACCCCGAGGCCUACGUGUUCACCUGCAUCAACCAGACGGCCGAGCAGCAGGAGCUGGAGGAUGAGCAGCGCCGCCUCUGCGACAUCCAGCCCUUCCUGCCCGUCCUGCGCCUCGUGGCUCGCGAGGGAGACAGGGUCAAGAAAGUCAUCAACUCCCAGAUCAGCCUGCUCAUUGGGAAAGGUUUGCACGAGUUUGACUCUGUGCAGGACCCAGAGGUGAGCGAUUUCCGCACCAAAAUGUGCCAGUUCUGCGAGGAGAAAGCAGCAAAGCGGCAGCAGCUGGGCUGGGCAGCGUGGAUGGAGUACAACUUCCCCCUGCAGCUGGAGCCCAUGGCCAAGGGUCCCGGGACUGGCUCUCUGCAAAUCCCCACCAAGAACAUUUUUGUCAACGUCAAGUUCCAGUCUGGUGGGGAGAGCUUCACGUUCCAGAUCUCCCCCUGGGAGUUCCCCAUCACCUUAAUGAGCUAUGCUAUUAAGAAACAGGCUACUGUGUUCCGCCACGAGACCGUGCAGAAGCCAGAGGACUACACCCUGCAGGUGAAUGGGAAAUGUGAAUAUCUCUAUGGGAACUACCCCCUGUACCAGUUCCAGCACAUCCGCAGCUGCCUGCAGCGGGGCCUGACCCCCCACCUGACCAUGGUGCACUCCUCUGCCAUCAUUGCCAUGAGGGACGAGCAGAACAGCUGCUUCACCAGCCCCCCAAAGGCGGCCUCCAAGCCCCCCCCGCUCCCCAAGAAAAAGCCAAACUAUGGCUCUCUCUGGUCCUUAGAGCAGCCUUUCUACAUCGAGCUGGUGCAAGGCAGCAAGGUCAAUGCAGAUGAGAGAAUGAAGCUGGUGGUGCAGGCAGGGCUGUUCCAUGGCAAUGAGAUGCUGUGCAAGACCGUGUCCAGCUCGGAGGUGAGCGUGUGCUCGGAGCCCGUGUGGAAGCAGCGCCUGGACUUUGACAUCAACAUCUGCGACCUGCCCCGCAUGGCCCGGCUCUGCCUCGCCCUCUACGCCGUCAUCGAGAAGGCCAAGAAGGCUCGUUCCACCAAGAAGAAGUCCAAGAAAGCUGACUGUCCCAUCGCCUGGGUCAAUGUGAUGCUCUUCGACUACAAGGACCAGCUGAAAACAGGGGAGUGCUGCCUGCACAUGUGGUCCUCCUUCCCAGAUGAGAAAGGGGAACUUCUGAACCCCAUGGGCACAGUGCAGUGCAACCCCAACACAGAGAGUGCAGCAGCCUUGGUCAUCUGCUUCCCCAGUGUGGCAGCACAUCCUGUGUACUACCCAUCCUUUGAGCAGUUGCUGGAGCUGGGAAGGAAUGGAGAACAACCCCGAGCUCUACCAGAAGAUUCUGAGGAGAAGCUGCAGCUGAGGGAGAUCCUGGAGCGGAGGAGCCACACGGAGCUGUACGAGCACGAGAAGGACCUGGUGUGGAAGAUGAGGUACGACAUCCGUGACCAGUACCCACAGGCUCUGGCCAAGCUGCUCAUCAUCACCAAAUGGAACAAGCACGAGGAUGUUGCCCAGAUGAUUUCCCUGCUUCAGACCUGGCCAGAGCUGCCUGUCCUGAAUGCCUUGGAGCUGCUGGAUUUCAGCUUUCCUGACCGUUAUGUUGGUUCCUUUGCUAUCAACUCCCUGAAGAAGCUGACGGAUGAUGAUGUGUUCCAAUACCUGCUGCAGCUUGUCCAGGUGCUCAAGUAUGAAUCUUACCUAGACUGUGAAUUAACCAAGUUCCUGCUGGAAAGGGCAUUAUCCAACCGCAAGAUCGGCCACUUCCUCUUCUGGCAUCUGAGGUCAGAGAUGCACGUUGCCGCUGUUUCCCUGAGGUUUGGCCUGAUCCUGGAGGCGUACUGCCGGGGCAGCACCCACCACAUGAAGGUGCUGAUGAAGCAGGGAGAAGCACUGAACAAGAUGAAAGCUCUGAAUGACUUUGUGAAAGUGAGUUCUCAGAAGGCCACCAAGCCUCAAACCAAGGAGAUGAUGCACAUGUGCAUGAAGCAGGAAACCUACAGGGAAGCCCUUUCCCACCUCCAGUCCCCCCUGAACCCCAACAUUAUCCUCGCUGAAGUUUGUGUGGAUCAGUGCACCUUCAUGGACUCCAAAAUGAAACCUUUAUGGAUUGUGUUUAAUAAUGAAGAGACAGGUGGAGGUGGAGUGGGUAUAAUUUUUAAAAAUGGAGAUGAUCUGCGGCAGGACAUGCUGACUCUGCAGAUGAUCCAGCUGAUGGACAUCCUGUGGAAGCAGGAGGGCCUGGACCUGAGGAUGACCCCUUAUGGCUGCCUCUCCACAGGAGACAAGACAGGGCUGAUUGAGGUGGUCAUGCACUCGGACACCAUCGCCAACAUCCAGCUCAACAAGAGCAACAUGGUGGCCACAGCUGCCUUCAACAAGGAUGCACUGCUCAACUGGCUCAAGUCCAAGAACCCGGGAGAUGCCUUGGACCAAGCCAUCGAGGAGUUCACCCUGUCCUGUGCUGGCUACUGCGUGGCCACCUACGUGCUGGGCAUUGGGGACCGGCACAGCGACAACAUCAUGGUCCGGGAGACGGGACAGCUGUUCCAUAUUGAUUUUGGUCACUUUUUGGGGAACUUCAAGACUAAAUUUGGUAUUAAUAGAGAACGAGUCCCUUUCAUCUUAACCUAUGACUUUGUGCAUGUCAUCCAGCAAGGAAAAACUAACAACAAUGAGAAGUUUGAAAGGUUCAGGGGUUACUGUGAAAGGGCCUACAUGAUCCUACGGCGCCACGGGCUCCUCUUCCUGCACCUCUUUGCACUGAUGAAAGCUGCUGGGCUGCCAGAGCUCAGCUGCUCCAAAGACAUCCAGUACCUGAAGGACUCCCUGGCCCUUGGGAAAACCGAUGAGGAGGCACUGAAGCACUUCAGAGUGAAGUUUAAUGAAGCCCUGCGGGAGAGCUGGAAAACCAAAGUGAACUGGCUGGCACACAACGUAUCCAAAGACAACAGGCAGUAGAGCAGGAGCCUGUCUCUGCUCAGGAGGAUGGCACAGCCCGAGCCCAGCACUGACACACAGGCUCCUGAGGACUGAACAAUGGUGCAGUGUGGAAGUUCCCCCACCUCAUUCCCAGAGAUCAGACACUGCUGCAUGACUGAAAACCUGUUGGCCUGUCCUCAGCCACACCACUGUGGCUGCUGCAGAUCCUUGGGGAACAAGGGAGAGACGUGAGGCAAUAAAACUACUGCAUACAGUAAAGGUAGGUAAAGGUACUGUACCCUUGAGAACUCCUUCAGCUUCAAAGACUUGUUUCAAUGGAAGAGUUGAGGCACAUGUAACAUCCCUCUGGUGUGCUAAUGUCUGCAUUUCUAUUUUCUUGAAAAUUUAGCUGAGCAGAGAUCUCCCUGUGUCUGUAGCCCAUCUUCUAGGUCACCACUGUUACAGCUUAGAGGCAUUAACCAUGGCAUGUGGUCACUCCUGCCCUGUCAGUGUCCACUGAGGUGGGGCAGCUCAAAGCACACCAAAGCUGACUUGGACAAAUGCUUUUACUCUGCCUUGAGACAGGAUAAAAACAUCCACGCUGGCAUCUUGCUUUCUGUCUGCUCCAGAGGCCAAAGUGUUCUGAAACUGAGCUGGAACUCAGCUACUGCUGUCUGGAACUGAUGGCACAAGAGCAGCUUUGGGGUGGCCACUGGAUCAGACAUUUUGCUUUCCAAAGUUAGGCUUUAGUUAAGUAAUUCCUGCAUUUAUUUUGGUUUCAAACCUGACAACGCUAAGACUGCAUUUUUAAAUUAAAGCACUCCCUGCUUCUUUUCAUAAAAGAUGUUAAGCUGUGAGGUUUGUUCUGGUUUGGAUCUAUUCAUACAACCCUGUUGCCUCUCAAGCAGCUGUUGGUAGAAGCAGCAGUUCUGGCAUAGAAGACACCUCAUUUUAAUUUAAUCUGAGCCUGGGAGACCCUUUUUCCUACACCUUCAGACAAUACUGUGACUGAAGCACUCUGGCUCUGACAGCUGCUUUUGUACUAGAGGGAAAUGCUGCAGGACUUAGAGCUCUAUGCAGGCUGUUCAGUGAGAAACAGUCCUGUGCCUCUGCUCCAUUUUAGAGAGUAAAUAUUGCUAUUUCCUUGCUUAUUAAACUAAUUUACAGAGCAAAAAGUAU